ACCAAAAAUGGCACUUCUUUCUCUGAGAAAACUCUAUUCAAUCGAACACAGUCAAUGCCCAAAACUCAGGGGCCACCGGGAAACCGGUCUUCGAAACCCAAUAGUGGUUUCUGGUUUUCCAGCCAUAGGCUCUGGUUUGUUGUCUUCUCUUCCACUCUGCUUCUUUUCUCUCUUUUAUUUGGUUUCAAAGUGAUUUUUCAUAGAGCAAACGUCCUUGGAAGACAGUGCUUAAGGCCAAUUGCAGGUGGGUUUUUCCCUACUUCGAGAAUCGCCAUGGUUAGUAGCUCUGAUGAAUCCAAGAGAAAUGGCUUUAGGUCUUUUGAAGGUUUAAUGGCGAUGGUUUUGCCAAAUAAGGAAAGUUAUGCAGAGAAGUUUGGGUAUGAUUUCAGUGAUUGCAGCGAAAUGAUCGACAGAAGCAGGCCACCAAGCUGGAGUAAAAUUCUCGCUGUAAAAGCCCAUCUUCACAACUAUGACUGGAUUUUCUGGAACGAUGCAGACUCUCUGAUAACCAAUUCAAAUGUUUCUCUAGAGCAGGUUUUGUAUUCUGUGAUAGGGGAUUCAGAGGUGCAGGAGUGGCCUGAUUUAAUCCUCACAAAGGAUGCAACGGGUGUAAACGCAGGGAUUUUUUUUGUGCGAAACUCAAAUUGGAGCCAAGAGUUUCUAGACACAUGGUGGAAUCAGAAAGAGUUCAUCCGGAAAUUCGGAUCUACGAAGAGUGGUGACAAUGAUGCUUUAAAGCAUCUCAUAAGCCACUUAUCUCCCCAAGAGCUACAAAAACAUGUUAGAGUGUCUAAAAUGCAAUGCUUGUUUAACUCUUACCCUUGGUUUCCUUCAUGGAAAACAGCUUUCAGACUUAUUACUUCCCCUAAAACUACUUGGCAAGGUUCAUACUCCGAAGGAGAUUUUAUGGUUCAUUUAGCAGGCUUGGAUGAUAAGAAACGAUGGGCGCGUAAGGUUCUUCGAGAGAUACAAAUGAGUUCUAAAGGAUAAUGCUUCCUGUUCUGCAUAUUUACAUUACUGUUCUUGUGGUUAGGUUAGGAUUCAAGAAUUAUAAACAUAAACUGGGGAGUCAUUUAGUAAUCAUGUUUGGAAUUGUAAAUGAGAAAGCUUACACAUCUUGUAUUGUAUUAUCUAGACCCUAAAAUUUCUAAGAUUUUUAAGUGUUCGUGUUC